GUGUUUUUAAUGUACACAGCUAAACAGAAAGAAAAAGCAAACAGCAAAGAAAGAAAAAAGGAAAAGUAGCGUUAAAAUGUUUUUGUUCGGCCUGUGUAAAAUCAUUCUCGUUAGAGUAACGUAUAAAACCGCAUAACGUGCUCUAUAUUCAAACUAUAAAUACAGUAGAAUUUGGAAAAUACACAGUCUAAAAAGUUAGCAAAAACAACAACAACAUAAACUGUAUUCGUAUAACUUUGUAAAAUAUAGAAUACCUACAAUUUUUUCGGUUUUAAACAAAUAAAAAAAAUAGUUUUAAUAAAACUGAAAUAUAAAAAGAACUUUAAAACUGUAACGUUGAAUAUUGAAAUAGUGAACAAAAUAAGAAAAACUACAAGUUUUUGUUAAAACAAACAUGAUACUUCUCUUUAUGACCUCAUAUAAACAGUUAUGCUUUUCUAAACGCCAGAUAAACAACAUCUUAACAACGUUUUACUCAACAUAACAAAGAAAUUUGUUAAUUUCAAAAGCCAAAAACUAAAACAAAAACAAAUCCAACAAAAUUUUAUUAUUAAUUAUCGCAUCUUUACCGCAAAAACACCCCAUUUUUAAACAAUUAUUAAUUAUUAUUACUAAUAUUAGUUCUCCGUUUGAUUUAAAGCAUUUUUUCGUAUAGCGUACAUUUACUCACUCCCUUUUAGGCAGAAAAACGGAGUCAAAAGCUUAAAAUUGUUGUUAUAUUUAUUUUUAAUUUAAGAUUUUAAAUUUAAGAAUUUUCUUGUUUUUAAUUUAAAAUCUCCCUAAAAGAGGCUUUUUUCUUUCAACACUUAUUCUUAAUAUUACUUUUCCUUAGUAUUAUUCAUUGAAGACACGAGCUUAAAUUCGUCUUCAAUACAAAAUUUCUCUUUACACGUUUUGAAAAAAAAAAAUGAAAAUUGCAAAAAUGAAAUUUAAGCGCAAAUAUGGCUGUUUAAAUAUUUGAAAGUAAAUUUGUUUAAACCCUUAAAAAAAAACCAAAACAAAAAUCAAACAAAUUUCAAAUAUUUUAAAAUAUUUUUUUAUUUUGUAGUAUUUUUGAAAUAUAAGUAAAAAUAUAUAUAAGUUUAUAACAACCUCGAAACCCCCCCCGCCCACUCAAAUAAAUUUCUUGGCAAAAUUCAUUAAAUUAUUUAAAAUAAAAAACGAAAUUCCAUUUUUGCCCCCAAAAAUUUUCAAAAAGUUUAAAGCCCAGCUUUAUUUUUAUAACACACAGCAAUAGUUUUUGAGUCACAGUCUUUUAGAUUUCUUAACCCAGCGUUUUAUAGUUGUUCCUUAUUGUGUGGCUGUUGUUAGUAAAUUAGUAAUUUGUCCGUGUAUUUGUGUGUAUAACUCCUUAAGAUGGAACCCUAUUCACCGGAAAUAUUGUGGAUUGUGGUGUUAGGUUUUAUAAUAGCCUUCGUUUUGGCUUUUGGCAUCGGUGCCAAUGAUGUUGCAAACUCAUUUGGCACGAGCGUUGGCUCUGGCGUUUUAACCAUACGCCAGGCUUGUGUUUUGGCGACGGUAUGUGAAAUUUCGGGAGCCGUUUUAAUUGGCUACAAAGUAUCGGAUACGAUGCGUAAAGGCAUCUUAGAAGUUAGUCUCUAUGAAGGUUACGAAGAUGAACUCAUGUUGGGCUGUUUGGCUGCUUUAGCCAGUAGUGCUAUCUGGCUGCUGGUGGCCACAUUCCUAAAACUACCCAUUUCGGGCACGCACAGUAUAGUGGGCUCAACUAUUGGCUUCUCGUUAGUGGCCAGAGGCACCCAAGGUUUGAAAUGGUCUACCAUGGGUACCAUAGUUGGCUCAUGGUUUAUUUCUCCAGUGAUGAGUGGUCUCGUUAGUAUACUACUCUUCCUGGCCAUUAGAAAGUUUAUAUUGCGUGCCCAUGAUCCCUUAAAGGCCGGCUUUCGUUCGUUGCCCAUAUUCUAUGGUGUAACGUUUUUCAUUAAUGUCAUCAGUGUUAUGUUGGAUGGACCCAAGUUGCUUUAUAUGGAUAAUAUACCCACCUGGUUGGCUGUGACUGUUAGUAUUGCUAUGGGUCUAUUAGUGGCCAUUUUGACUCAUUUGUUGAUAGUGCCCAUGCAAAAACGUAAAAUCGCCAAACAAUUAAGAGCCAAAAAUCCUGUCAAAUUUCAAUUUGAAGAUUCUGUGGAAUCUUCACCGUCCGGUAGUCCUAAGAAAAAUCGUCGCCCUCUGUCCUUGGUGAGCGAUGGCAAACAACUGCCCGCAAUUGCCGAAAUAACCGAGCUGGUCUCGUUGACAGACAAUUCGCCCAAAACCUUUAAAUUGGCUCCCUUCGCCCUCAACAACAAACCCAAUGGCAACACAUCCGAUGGCUACAAAAUCAAUCCCGACAUCAUUAAAAAAGCCGAAGAUCUUUUGGGCAAGGCCAGUUUGGAUAACACCGAUCUAACCAUUACCAGUUUAAAUUUCAUCGAUGAGCAUGGCAAUGGUUUAAAUGGCUAUACAAAUGGUGGUGUACAAAAGCCCUUAACGGAUAAGCAUGGCUCUAUAGAGGAUUGCUUUAAGCACCAACAAACAAAUGAGCUUCCUAACAAUGUUGCGGCUGUGGCUGCUGCUGAUACAGCUGUUAACAAUAACAUCAGCACUACCAAAGAUACAAAUACUGCCUGUUCCUCGUUGACACAAGAUGCAUGUGAUAGCAACAAGAGUUUACUGCAACCAGAGAAAAAUCUAAAGGUCGUUGAAAGUGGCUCCAGUUUGGAAAUGAUGAUUUCUUCCACCCUCUCACCCAACUCCAGUAAAGUUCCUUUGAUCGAAAGCAAAGAGGCCAUAAAUGACUUUAAGCCAUCAUCAGAGUCUCAUGGCGAUGAGGAGACGGAAGAGGUUUCCAUGCUGUUUUCAUUUUUACAAAUUUUAACCGCCACCUUUGGCAGUUUUGCCCAUGGUGGUAAUGAUGUUAGCAAUGCCAUUGGUCCUUUAAUUGCUUUGUAUAUGAUUUAUCGUGAAGGUUCUGUGAUGCAAAAGGCCGAGAGUCCCAUAUAUAUUUUAAUAUAUGGUGGCAUUGGCAUUUCUAUAGGUUUAUGGCUCUGGGGUCGUAGAGUUAUUGAAACAAUUGGCAAUGAUUUAACCAAAAUUACCUCAUCAACUGGUUUUACUAUUGAAAUUGGUGCUGCUAUAACCGUACUGCUGGCCAGCAAAAUCGGUUUACCCAUUUCCACCACCCACUGUAAAGUGGGCUCUGUUGUAUUUGUCGGUCAUAUAGCCUCCAAAGGAGCGAAAAAGAACAAAGAAACCGAUGAUGCCCUUAAUUCUAAUGCUGCCAAUGAAAAACAAACCAAAGAGCUGAUGGCCACAAAAGAAAUGGAAACAACAUUAGAGCAGGGCGGCCCAGAGACAGCAACAACACCAGCACCACGAGCCGAUGGCAGUGUAGAUUGGCAUCUAUUCCGUAAUAUAGCCUAUGCCUGGAUAGUAACGGUACCGGUAACGGCAAUACUAAGUGCCGCCAUUAUGUUUGUAUUAUGUUUAUGUGCAGGAAUUAAAGUUUAAAUAAGAAAGUUUUACUUUAAAAAGAGUACUUAAGCGAAGAAAUUAUGAAUGAAUUAAAGAAAAUAAUUAAAGAAAAGAAAGUAGAAAUUAUUAAUUUAUUAAUGAACAAAACAAAAAGCAGAGUUAUUUGGAUUAAUGAGAUGUAAUUAAUGUUAAAUAAAAGUAUUUAUGAAAAAUUUAUGUUAAAAAAUUUGAUAUUUUUUGAUACUCAGUUAAAAAAAAACGAUAUUUUUUUUGGUUUUAUUAAAUAGAUGUAUGUAUUUACUCUGCUUUUUUAUAAAAAUUUUAUUAAAUUUGUUCUUUUUAUUUGUAAAAAAAAUAUUCCAAAUUAUUUUGUCUAACAAAGAAAAACUAUAAACUCACUAAUUUAAAUUGUGCACUUUUAUGAUUUGAAACAACAUCAAAUCCAACUACCUUUAAGUUUUUGUUAAGCUGAAUAUGAAAGAAAAGAAUUUAUUGUUUUUUAAAAACCUUAAACCCAGCUCCACAAAAACAAAUAAUUUUAGUAAAUUUUUGAAACCUUAAAGAAUUUGAAAGCUAUUUAAAAUAUUUGUUUGCAACUAAGCCAACAAAUAAAUACUUUAUUAAAGACAUUUAAUUGUUUUCUUUUCAAACCCAAAAAAGUUUACUAAAGUUUUUUGUAACGCUUUAACAUAAAAAUUUAAUUUGUUUUCAAAACAACACCUUGAACCAGAAACAACAACACAAAAUUCCUCAUAUUUAACUAAUAAUAUUAAACCAAAAAUCCACAACAACCAACAUAAAGAAGCUACUUUAACGAAACAUAUUUAUGAACAAAAAAAAUAUAAAACCAAAACCUAAAAAAAAACAAUUGUAUAUCUAGAAAAACUAUCUAACCUAAGCAAAUUUGUAAAACCCCCUACAAAACACCUCAAAAAAAGUAUUUUUUUAAAAAGAAUUCAUAAUAGAAAUCUUGAACACACACUCAUUCAUAGAUAUUACUAAUAGUAAGCAAUAGUUUAUUUAAAUUAUUUCAAUUUAAAAUUGUUUAUUUAAAAUACAAAGCAUUUGUUUUAUUAUAUUUUUUGAAAUUUCCUUCCCUCUACCCCUUAAAUUGCCUCAAAUAUUGUUGUUUUCAGUUGUAUAGAUUUCACUCAAUACUUUGUUUAUUACCUACUGUUAUUCUUAUUAUUAUUAUUAUAAUUUUUUAAACUUAUAUAUAUUUUUCUUGAUUUUAAAUAAAAAAGUACUUAAAAAUAA